UGUACAUCUCUGGCGUUUCGUACAGUAGCCUUGGGCGAGCGGAUGGCUCGGCGCUUGUUUCCAGUUCCCUUUACUCUGGCGUUGAAUACUCUAUGGAUCGGAGGGGGGGAGUCGGAGACGAUGUUUGGGUCGUGGGGUGCCUUGGAACGGACGGGGGAGGGAGGGGACGGGCGAGUCCGAGCGCUGGUUCUUUCCUCUGGCUGUAGUACCCUUUGUCGGGGGUUUUGUCUUUGGCUGUUGCGAGCUGGCCUGUCAAUGGCUUACAUAACCACCACGUCGCGUAAUUCUCAGCGGACUUUUGCGUCUGCAGCUCCCAUCUUCUUUGAGGUGGCAGCUGAGCGGCCUCGCUAUAAGUUCAGUUCCGAUCGUACGGGGGGCCGGGAGUGAAGGAUUGGAGGGCCCGGGCUGUUGGGGAAGAUGGGUGAAGGAGGUGAGGAGGGGUGAGAAGUACAGUAUGUGGUGGGUAUCCGCCCUUUGUCGGCCGGGGAUCCGGCGCAAGCUGUGUGUUAUUCAACCGCAAGUUUACGCUGGACUCCGUUGGAUAUCUGGACUGGCCGUCGACAAUAGGAAGUGGAUCACCAGCCGUUUGGGCUG